ACACAACUCACCCACCCAUACAACAACCACAUUUUGACAUUUAUGUGAAAGCGCAUUUUGGCCGUGUAGCAAAAAAAAAAAAUCUCAAACAAAAUGUCUACAGAAGAUUUCUACUUACGUUACUAUGUGGGCCACAAGGGUAAAUUUGGCCAUGAGUUUUUGGAAUUUGAGUUUCGGCCGGAUGGCAAACUACGCUAUGCCAACAACUCGAACUACAAAAAUGACACCAUGAUUCGCAAGGAGGCUUUUGUACAUCAAGCGGUAAUGGAAGAGUUGAAGCGUAUUAUUUUAGACUCGGAAAUUAUGGCGGAAGACGAUUCACCCUGGCCACCACCAGAUCGCGUGGGCAGACAGGAAUUGGAAAUUGUCAUUGGCGAUGAGCACAUCUCGUUCACUACCUCAAAAACAGGCUCCCUCGUUGAUGUUAAUCGUUCCAAAGAUCCCGAAGGUUUACGCUGUUUUUACUAUUUGGUGCAGGAUCUUAAAUGUUUAGUUUUCUCACUCAUUGGUUUGCACUUCAAGAUUAAGCCUAUAUAAUUCACAACAACAAUUGAUGCCAAGCAAUUGUUGCACAUCAUUUUCUUUAGUUUAAAUCCAUACAACAACAGUCAGUUUAUAUACGUUCACACUUCAUAGCAUUUUGGAAAUUUAAUAAAAUUAUAAAAAAGAAAACUA